AUGCAGCCCAAUGUGGUACUAGUGGGUGGCUCGUAUGCCGGAAUGGCCGCCGUCUCAGCCUUACUGGCUUUGAAGGAUGGCCAGCCCAUUCCGAUGGCCCCUUAUGCCGACUUUAGCCACCUCAGCGCGGCACCGCGCAUAGCCGACCUAAGGAUUACAAUCAUUGACGAGCGAGAUGGCUUCUUUUACACAGUAGGCAGUCCUCUUGCAUACUCCUCCCCCGUGCAUUCGGCGGCUAUGUGGCGCCUGUACCGCGGCUUUCCCACGCUCAAUCGACCAGACGUAAAUUUUGUGCGAGGCACGGUUGUGCGAGUCAAGCCUCUCAACCAGACAUUGGUCUAUCAAAUCCACAAGGGCGACAGCAGAUCGACCGAAAUGCGUGCUUACGUGGAUGACGCCGGGAACGCUGCACGGCGUCUGGUCGCGGCCAAAAAGUCUGGCAUCGUGAUAAUUGGAGAUGGAGCGGUCGAGAUUGAGUUUGCAGGCAAGCUCAAAUCCCAGUAUUCCAUGACUCGAGUCACCUUGAUCCAUGCUCGGGACCAUCUUUUGUCCAAAGAACCCGUACCCGUGGAAUUCAAGUCACGGGUGCUGCAACUGCUCCGCGAACAAGGUGUGAAUGUGAUCCUGCAAGAGCGACCGAUAGUGGAAGACCUCUCCGAUGGUACUUCCUACGUCAAGUUUGACAAUGGCGACCGAAUACAUGCAGCCGUAGUCAUAAUGGCUGUGGCAUCCAUCUCUCCUUCGUCCGGGUAG